CCAACUCUAUCAAAUCAUAAAACAAUUCAAUCUCAGAAAUCUCAAAUUAAAGAGAGAAAAAAUGUCAGGAAGAGGAAAGGGAGGAAAAGGGUUAGGGAAGGGAGGAGCCAAGAGGCAUAGAAAAGUGUUGAGGGAUAACAUUCAAGGAAUCACAAAGCCAGCAAUUCGUCGUUUGGCUCGUAGAGGUGGAGUUAAGAGGAUUAGUGGAUUGAUUUAUGAAGAAACUCGUGGUGUUUUGAAGAUUUUUUUGGAGAAUGUAAUUCGUGAUGCAGUUACGUACACUGAGCACGCUAGGAGGAAGACUGUUACCGCCAUGGAUGUUGUUUAUGCUCUAAAGAGGCAGGGACGUACUCUUUACGGUUUUGGUGGUUAGAUUUGUUUUUGGAUCGAGGUUGGUAUUAGGACUAGAUUGUUUUGUUGUUUUCGGUGGAUGUUAUUAGGGUUUAUGAAAAAUCGGAGAUCAUAACAUUUAAUCUCUAUUGUAAUAGUUGAGUUAACGGUUAAUAUUAAAUGGAAUUUAAUUAGGCUUUUUCAAUAUUCUACAUUGAUGUUUGUUCAAUUCAUUUCAGAAUUUGUACCUUUUGAAUUUUGAAGUUUAAUCAGUGAUUCUGGGAAAUUAUAUGCUACAUUGUGGUCAUAUUGAUAUAUGUUUGAUAAAUUGGGUAAUUGAUUUGUUUGAGAAA